CAUAUCAUUCAUGAUAAAUCAUAGACCCGACAAGACACAAGUUUCUAAACCAAAAACUCGUCAUACAAAUUCAUAAUAAAACUACCAAGAUGCGGAUGCUAAAUCUGAACCAAAUAGCACCUGAUUUCACUACCCUUGCGGUGGUGGCCGGUGGCUUUCGGAAUUUCUCUAUGUCCGACUUGCGGGGCAGGUACGUGCUGCUGGUGUUCUAUCCGGCGGACUUUUCGUUCGUCUGCCCCACUGAGUUGCAGGCGUUCAGCGACAGAGCCCCGGAGUUCCGGAACGUGGGCUGUGAGAUCCUGGCCUGUUCCACGGACAGUCAAUUUGUGCACUGUGCCUGGAUGAACACGCCGCGGAAGAGCGGCGGCCUGGGCGAGCUGGACAUACCGCUGCUGGCGGACAAGUCCAUGAAGAUAGCCAGGGACUACGGAGUGCUCGACGAGGAGACUGGACUGGCCCUACGGGCCCUGUUCAUCAUCGAUCGCGAGGGACGCAUUCGCCAGAUCACCGUCAACGACAUGGGCGUGGGUCGCAGCGUGGACGAGGCACUGCGUCUGGUCCAGGCCUUCCAGUUUAGCGACGAGUUCGGAGAGGUCUGUCCGGCCAACUGGCGUCCGGGCGGCAAGACCAUGAAGGCAGAUGCCUCCGGAAAGGAGGAGUACUUCAAAAAUGCAACAUAAGCCUACAACCUUAACGUUUUUUCGCAAGUUCAAGCAGUAAAAUAAACCAUAGACAUAACUAUGAA